AUGUUAAGGCCGUUUUUGCGCUCCAGCCUCGGCAAUGCCACUCGUUUUCUAGGAACUGAAGCCUCGGCUAUAUCCGAAGAAGAUGCGGGAGCGCCACGAAAUUUGAAGAGAAUAGGACGUGCCUUGGAAACAUAUCUGCGCCAUUCACGAGAAAAUGCUUCGAUGAUGGCUCGAGAGCGAGCGGAUUUUGAUCUUGGAAAGCGACAUCUAGCCAACAUGAUGGGGAUCGAUCCGCACACGAUAAACCAAAACGACAUUGACAAGGCAAUUGAGUAUCUUUUCCCAUCUUCGUUAUUUGACAAGAAAGCGAGGCCAGUGAUGCGUCCUCCAGAUGAGAUCCUUCCAAGAUUUAACCGAUUCACUUUUGAUGAUGAGGGUCGCCCAAGUGAUUCUCGAUUUUACACUCUCCGCCCGAAAUUCUACGCCCUGCUUUCGGAAAUUGGCCUUAAAACAUACAAUGUUUCUCGUCUACAUGCUGAACAUGUAAAGCUCAAUCGCAAGGAUGACGUAAAUGAUCAAACUGUUUCGUUGACCGGCACGACUUGGAUUAACGAAGAGAAAAUGAAAAAGAAACUCGGAGAAAAUAUCACCACUGAAAUGUACGCUCAUCUUUUCCUGGCUUUUGAUUACCUUGUUUCAUUACCCGGAUCCGUUGUCGAAUCGGAAUUCAUUUCUCAGUUUCGCGAACCUCUCACUUCUGCUACGGCAUCACGCAUUUUUGGACCAGAAAUUCCAAAAGUGGAAAUUUGUAGCAAAACCAAUCGUCGCACAGCUACCGCCAGUGUUCGAGUGAAAUCAACGAACGCCACUGUGACUGUGUCUGAUGCUGGAACAGGCCAAUGGGAUAUUGAUGGUUUAACUAUGCACAAUUUCCGCUCAUUACUUGCCAGAGAGGUGCUCUUGUGUCCUCUAAUUGUUGCCAACCUGAUUGGACAAGUCGAUGUUAAAGCUACAACAGUAGGAGCUGGUGGAGCAACAGCGGUUCCACGUGCGGUUCGACACGGCACUGCAUUAGGUCUAGCUGCUCUUUUCCCAGAUGUGGAAGAAAAAUUGAGAUUGGCUGGGCUAAUCAGUUGGGACCCUCGAGAUAAGGAGCGCAAUAAAGUGAACCAACCCGGCGCUCGUGCUAAAUGGAUUUGGAAACGACGU